GUUUGCCACAACCUCUUUCGUCUUGGACACCUGGUUUGGGGACCCAGGUAUCCUGUGGCACUGAGAGUGCAAGCUGCCAGAGCACUCCACAGUUGCCACCUACAACUGCUGCAAGAAGCCGACGCGUAUUUCUCCCAGGUGGAGGGAGGAACUAGAGCCUCUGUGGACGGAGGCUCCCGGGAGGUUGGACGGGGGGCUUUUCUCUUUCCAUCUCCUGCGGGCAUCGCAGCUCAUAGCGUGGCCAGAGUCGAGGUUGCUGCCCCUCGAACAGCCGCUCCUGGGAAAGAGGGAGUGAAAGAGGAAAAAGCCCAGAAAAAGGAAAAGAAACACAAAUCCCGGUCCCAUCGAGAUCGCCCUCGUGAAGAUAGCCCUCACAAAGAGAAGAAACGACACCGACGUGAAGAGAACGAGCCCAUCGACAAAAGACCUCUCCCAGUUAAACGGGAGAGCCCUGAGGAGGAUCGCCCCCGCCACGGAGUGGUGGAUAUCAAAAAAGAGCCCUUAGAGGAGGAGUGGAGUGAGUCCUUCGAGAGUGAAUCGCCAGUGCCAAGGUCCAGAAGUCGGAGUCACAGCAAGUCUCCGCUGAGAAGGAGGCCGUCAAGCGCGGGAGGUGCAAUACAGCCUGCAUCUCCGCCUGGCCCGCCGCCUCCUCGUCUGCCUCGGGAGGAGGGCAGGUCCAGCUCUCGUUGGGAGGGCCCCAUUCCGGCGGGAGGUAAUCGUCGCCCACCGUCGCCUCCUAACGACCCGGUAGGGGCCACUCCUAAGUUCAAGCCAAAGAAGAAGAAAAAGAACAAGGGCAAGAAGAAGAGGGAGCGCCAGGCAAAGGCCCGUGCCCGCCUUCAAGGGGUCAGGCGCCCCGCGGCAUUAGUGGAUAGGAGCUUCGAGGAUUUUGGGGAGGUUUUUGUGCACCGUGUGCCUCCUUCCGAUCUCCUGGCAUGCGGGAGUUUGGUGGUUACAGAGGCCAUCUACUGGAAGGAGAAAGUGAAACUGGCAGGCUCGCCCACGAGUCUUACCAGAGAAGACGGAGCAUGGUGGUUGACUUUGAUCGUGGAAGGUACCACCAGCGAGCACCUGUUGAAGUACCUCACCGGCGUUCCGGGCAGGAAAAUCAAGGGGCAUCUUUGCCCGACCGACUGUCCUCAGGAGCUGAGUGGGGACUCCAUAGUCCACUUGGUGAAGGUGAGGAAAGCAGGAGGAGAACGAGAAGCAGAAGGUUGGGAGUCGAAUCUCCUGAGGGAAGGUGCCCAGGGAGAGGACGACCUGCGAGCUUUGCGAGAGGAGGCGCGUCAAGUCGUUACAGAGAGCCGCAGUCCAAGGAGAAGAGAGGGAGAGAAGCAGGCAGAGAAGAAGGAAGCAAAGAGAAAACGCGACCGGUCGAAGAAGAGGAGCAGGAAGCGAAGCCGGUCAAGACAAAGAAGCAAGAAGAAAGGACAGAAGGACUUGAAGAGCAUCCUGGGCGACAGCGGGCUGGAUCCAGACCCCAGCAGAAGAAAAAAGAUGAUGAAACGGGCGAAGAAGUUGGUGAAGAAGGGCAAGAAAAAAGGUGACUCCUCUACCACUGGGAGUUCCGGCAAGGAGGGGACACGGUCCAGCAGCUCCUCCAGCGGGAUGGGAGCUUCAGACGUCUUCGGGCAGACCAGGAUGGCAAAGAAGAUAUGGACAAAGUGCCCAGGAGUAUUAACAGCAACGUCCCUGUCCACGGUUCAAGAGCAGCUUUUGACGGUGCAGGGGCAGGUUUGGGACAUCGACAGGUCCGAACUACCGCCGCUGUUCCUUCAGUAUUUCCGGGCCCAUCUUUCACCGAAGAUGCAGCCGGCGAUGCGCCGGGAGGCACUUCAUGCCUCCUUUUGCCUGGAUCUGGGACUCCAAGGGCGCAUCCCGGAGCUCCCGGAUGUCCUAGCCCAAAGGCUCAAGGCUUUGGAAGGGCAGACGGGAGGAAAACAUUGGACUGUGACCUCCCAGUUCGAGUUGGUGCCCGACGAGGCAGCAGCUGUGGCGACCUCUCUCGAGACCGAACAAGCGGCCCGGGAAGCUCGAGAACAGGGGCGCCUGAAGGCCCAAGCGGCAAAGCCCUACGGCAGCAAUCAAGGGCAAGAUCGUUGGGACGACUGGAAAAGGGACAAUCCGAAAGGCAGGCCAAGCAAGGGAGCUGGAAAAAGCAAAGAUUGGCGCAAAGGCGAGAAGGGCGAGGGCAAGGACUACAGGGCAAAUCGAGAGGGCGACAAGGAGAAGGCUGUGCCUCCUUCCCCGGGAGGUGUUGGCCUGGAUGUGAGUGCAGGCGAAUUUGGGGCAAAGCCCCCUUUUGGUUUCACUUCAAGCGAAUUAGCUGUGGAAGGGGAGAAGUUUGGGAUGUCCCAAGAGUAUCCUCCCGCAGUUACACGUUCUGACACCACGAACUUUUGUUUGGAGGAUAGGUGCAGUCUUGAAGGCAAAGAUCUGGUGGCUAUGGGGAGCAUUCUCAAUGUGAUCUUGGAUGAGUUUCUUAACAAGGGUUCUAUGCAUAGCAAGUCAAAGUCCUCGGGGCUGGUAAAAUGCUGCAUUUUUCCUUUGCCCCUCUCAUCCGAGAUUUUGGGGAAUUCUCCGUAUCCUAGCAUGGCGCGGGCUACAUGCCGGGCGCUGAACCUCCUCUACGGCGAGUCCGAUGAUGGAAAAAGUGGGAGGCCUAGCGCUGCCAGGGAUCGUGCCUUGGGUUUUAUUUGUCAAUGUGUUGAAUCUGUUGGAAGUUGGGGUGAAUCCUUUCCUAAGAUCUCCUUUGACAAGUUUUUCAAGUCCAAGGGAGUGGACUAUCGUGGAGAGGAAGUUAAGAUUGCACAGCGUAUUUCCUGGGAGACUAUCUCUCCUGCCUUACCUCCUGAAGUGGGAGGUGUUUCACUACUUGAUUGUUGCACAUUGGGUACAAAACAUUUUGUCCAGCAUUUUUCGGAAUAUCUGGUCCCCCCUGAAAAAAGGUUUCUCGGUCGACCCCCACUUGUGAUGGUAGAUGAAAAGGAUUGGGCCGCUGUGGUCACUGGACUAGUGGAUGCCAGGGUGUGUGGCAUCAUUCCUCUUUCUCAAGUGUGCCAUGUUGGUGGGAAGCCUAUGCUGGGAGGACUUUUUGGGGUAGGAAAAAAUGAGUUUGUCGGACAGAAGGAAGUCAUGCGACUUAUCAUGAACUUUGUGCCGCUAAACGAAAACUGCAAGCCUUUGGACUCGGAUAUAGCCACUCUCCCUGGAAUCUCUGGGCUGAGUCCUUUCCUCCUGGAGGGAGGGGAGGUAGCCCUGGUAUCCUCGGAAGAUAUUCGAUGUUUUUUCUAUUUAUUCGAGCUUCCUUCCUCGUGGUUUCCGUUCCUGGGUUUCAACAAAAUUGUACCUGACCAUUUGGUCCCGUCGGAGUUCAAAGGCGAGAAGUGCGUGUUGCACGCGCGCGUACUCCCAAUGGGAUUCCGCAACAGCAUUGGUAUUGCACAGCAUGUGCACCGCAACGUGCUCCGCCAGGCCUUUGCCAGCGCAUGCCCUCCUGUCUCGGGAGAGGCCGAAAUGCGAAAAGAUCGGCCCAGUACUAGCAGUAAAGAGUGCUAUAGGGUCUAUCUGGACAACUUCGAUGUGAUCCGGAAGGUCGACCCAGCUACUGCAGCACUGGUGGAAGGUGAGCCGGGCACGCUGUUCAUUGAUAGCCUCUCGGCUCAACCUCCUGUGGUACGGAUGGUCCUCCCUCCCGAAGUCCGCUUGGAGCUAGCAAGUUUCUGUGCCCUGGUGCCUUUGGCCCGGUUGGACUUCCGAUUGAAAGUGGAGGGCAGAGCUUUCGCCAGGUCAGUUCCGCCGGCUUGUGCCGGGUUCUGCCGUUCCGCCAACAAGGCGUCUGUCAAGUUUGCAGCAAUCAAAGAAGCGUUUUUGCAA